AUGUCCAGAUCCGGCUACGAUGCAGUCGUAGACGUCGACGACGAGGGCGACCUAGGCCACACCGACCUCCAAGAAGAUCUUGAAUUCCACCAAUCCAACUUUUCCGAAUCCUCCCCCCUCGGGCGCAACGGCACCAAAUCCACCCAACACACCACCACUUCCACUUCCUCCGGCGGCGGGUUACUUCCCGCUCCCGUAACCGCCGCCCGCACCUCCAACAACUCCAGCUCAGGAAGUAGCAAGCGCUUCCUCUGGACGCUCUCCUUCUACGCGCAGUUCUUUGACGUGGACACGUCCAGCGUGCUGCAGCGGUGCUGGGCCGCGCUCUACCCGCGAGCCAACUUUUUGGAUGUGUUGGAAGGAAACCCGGACCUGUACGGGCCGUUUUGGAUCGCGACGACGGUGGUGCUGAUUUUGUUUUUGGGCGGGACGAUUAGUGAUUAUUUGGCGCAGACGGGGAAGGAGGUGUUUGCUUAUGAUUUUCGGUUGUUGAGCGGCGCCGCUGGUCUCAUCUACGGCUACACCUUUGUCCUGCCGGUCGCUUUGUAUCUCGCCCUGCGGUACUUUGGUUCGGAGUCCGCCAACCUGCUCGAGUGCUGGGCUUUAUACGGCUAUUCCAACCUCAUCUGGAUCCCUGUGGCGUUGAUCAGUUGGUCGCCGAUUACCAUCCUCAACUGGGUGUUUGUGGGCGUGGGGUUCGGCGUGUCGGUGGCCUUUUUGCUCAGGAACCUGUAUCCGGUGCUCAGCGCGACGGAUCGCCAGACGAGCAAGGUGUUGCUGUUUGUUGUGGUGGCGCUGCACUUUGGUUUGGCCCUGGCCAUCAAGGUGCUCUUCUUUGCGCAUGGAAGCCCGGCGUUGAAGGAUGGUCCGAAGGGAGCUGCCCCGGGUGGUGGGGAUGCGAAGCCUGCUGAUCCGGCUACGAUGAUGAUGAUGAUGUUCUAG